GUUAGUCGACCGCCAUCUGUAACGUGUGCUAUCCUCUGAAAAAAUACUGCUACCGUAUUUCCCUAAAAUAUUGCUCUUUUAUUUCACAUCAUGUCAUCCAAAGGGGGUCCACGAGCAGCAGGAACAGAUGGCAGUGAUUUCCAACAUCGAGAACAAGUUGCUUCCCAGUAUAAAAUAAGUGUGCAACUGAAGUCCAAGUUCCGUACGUGUCUCUUCAUCAACAUCUUCGUAGUGCUCAUCCAACUAUUGAUGUUUGCGGGAGCGCACUUCAAGAUCAUUCCGUCCGACCAUUACCCGUUACCAUGGCAAUACACGUGGAUGCUGAGCGGAGUGGUAUCUCUCAUCGGUCUGAACGCCCUUGCUAAAAAUAAACGAGAGAUGCUGAGCUUACACAAUCUCGGUCUCGCCAUCUUUGGAUUUGGAGGUGUUUUCUUUGGAAUGACCUUCCAGUAUUCAGCUCAUCAACGAUACAUCACGUCGGGAGAGACGAGACGGAUCGCAGACGUCCCUCUUCAUUAUAUCUGGGUGGUCGUUCUUGCCCUGAAUGUCAUCAACUAUUUUGCAACAUAUUUUUACUCAAUCAGACUGAAAGCAGCGUGGAAUGUUCGAAAAAUGAGAUGAACUAUAUUUUUCUGUUUUUGAUUUUGAUCUAUUCUGAUUGAAUACUUUGUCAAAUCAGCUUUGGGGAUAACUUUGUCUUCCUGACAUUCCUGUUAAAGUUUAUUUUUAGGCAAGCACAUUUGGAGUCUGGACCAGUUGAAGGAAAUAUGCUUUGGAAAAGUGCACUUUCGUUUUGAAAAUAUUGGACACUACUCAUCUUACAUACAAAUAACGAUGUAACAACUCAACAAAAAUACAGAAAUUUACACUUCAAGAAAUGUACUGUAGAGAAAAAUAUUCAUAUAAGGUUACACCAAAUAACAGAGUGACAGAGCUGUAGAAUAAAUGCGCAUUUACAAUGGUUUGACCCUUAAAAAGCUUUGUUUUCCAAGAAAUUUAUGGUACCCCUGUUGCCAUUUUAUAUGCUGAGAGAGUCAUAAUUCACAAUAGUGUUAAGGUUUCCAUGAUCAGUGCUACAUUGUAUAAUAAAAAUAAGAUCUCUAUACUUUAUAUAUACAGAUACCAAUGUCAGAAAUGUAAAAAUUAAAGUCCUGUGAAAGUGGAUAAAUAACUGUCUGUCCCCAAAUUCGACAAAUACAUGAACAUCUGUUCAAACAUUGCACUUACAUGUAAACUAGCAUUAAUCAACCUUCAAUAAUUUGAAUACUCGCCUUAGUUGAUGUAAUUCUUUUUAAAGUCCAGAUUAUGCAAAAGAUGUGUCAUAUACAUGUACCUCUUCAAAGUCUUAUUUCUCCCUUGUCAAAUUUUUUUCUGUAUGUCAAACAGAUUUCUGUGCUUCCAAGAGAUUGGUCUAUCAUUGGUCUGACUUAGGUGUUGCAAUUUGCAAAUUUUGGGUUCCAAAAUCUAUCAUAAUUCUGGUUAGGCCUAAGCCUGGUAAUUAAUUGCAAAUUUGCAAUUGAUUGCUUGUCUGCUUCUUGCAACAAGAAUAAACAAAAUAGAUUUUCUUAAGUUAGAAUUUAUAUAUCAACUGUAAAUUAGGAACUUAAAUUUGCAGUUGAUUGCAAAUAUUGUCUUGCACCACCCCCUUGACUUGCGCAAAGUUGCAUACAACAUAAAUGUAGAUGUGUGUUUGGUUGAAAUGAGGUGGUGUAGUAUUAUAUUUUUAAUACUAUGCAAGGAACAGAGGCAAAUUGGAUGUCCUUGAAUUUUUUUAGAUAUAUCCUUUGUGAAGUUGUGAAGUGCACCACGCAGAAUCCUCCGAGUUUCUUUUCUUGAUGCCAAGUAAACUAGUAGACUAGCGUAAAUAUCUUUUCUUGGGAUGUAUUUAACAGUUUCUGACAUUUUACUAUUGACCCCAGGCACAUUUGUAGUUAAUGUAGUUCAAUCAGUAGAACAAUCAAUUGUACAGAGACUGAAACUUUUAGUCUCCUACUUAUGUUAUAUUAUUUGUUGCACUGUGUCUUACUUUUCACAAUAAAAUAUAUCACCCUCAGAGGUUCUGUCACAAAAAUAUUGAUGGUGAAGCUGCCAGUAAUAGAAUGAGAGAAGGCUUGGAUUUCUUUGAGGCAUUCAAAGACUGAUUAGAAUGGUAAUGAAAAUUGGAAAAUUAUCUUUGAUUAUUUGGGGGAAAUUAAAAUAUUUAAAUGAAAUGGCCUCUUAUGUGUACAAUUAUAUUCACUGAUAAAGGAAACAUUCCAAAUUAAAUUUCUUAAGUGGAAUUGUACCUGUAUGAAUGGUUGAUUUUGUAUGAUAUCUUCAUCUGUAUUAUCUUGCCUUGAGCAUUAGGAAAUUGCCAUUUGGUCUACA